AUGUUCGCCAAAUCCUCCAACUCGUCUUCCAAGACCACUUCCAGCGCUGCCUCAACUCACUCCACCGUCUCCACGGCCACAACCCUCAAUACUCGUGACGCCAAGAAUCACAAGUGGUACUCGCUCUCCAAGUCCGGCUCUGAUCCCAAGGACGCCGCUGCAAAGAUUGAGAAGAAGAGACUGCAUAACGAGGCAAUUGCCAACUACCUCAGCAUGCGCUAG